UUGAACCUUGCUCUAGCAGUACACUUCAACGAAACGCCUCUCAGACCUCAAGACUAAAAAUGCGUGACAAAGUAGCGGUCGUGGGAAGUGGCUUGAUUGGGCGACAGUGGGCCAUGCUGUUUGCCAGUGGGGGCUACAGUGUAUCAGUUUUUGACAUAGAACCAAAACAGAUAGCUGAUGCACUGGAAGGAAUCCAUGUACAGCUGAAGAAGUUGGAGGAUGGUGGUAUGUUGAGAGGGACACUUUCAGCAGAAGAACAGUUCUCUCUUAUAACAGGAUCUAGUAGUCUAAUAGAGUGUGUCAAAGAUGCUGUACAUGUACAGGAAUGCAUUCCAGAAGUAUUGGAACUGAAGAGGAAGAUAUUCAAGCAACUGGAUGACAUUGUGUCUGACAAGACAGUCCUGGCUAGUUCCUCCAGCUGUAUAGUACCUUCCCUCUUUUCUGAAGACUUAAAACACAAAAGCCAAGUUUUGGUUGCCCACCCUAUCAACCCCCCUUUCUAUGUGCCACUAGUAGAACUGGUGCCAGCCCCAUACACAAAGCCAGAGCUAGUCACACAGACUAAAGAGGUGAUGACAAAGCUAGGUCAGGCACCUGUCGUAUUGAAGAAAGAAGUGGAUGGGUUUGCCUUAAACAGGGUGCAGUAUGCAAUUCUUGCUGAAUGUUGGAGACUUAUUCAGGAUGGUGUACUAAGUGUAGAAGAUAUAGAUACAGUCAUGACAUGUGGACUGGCACCACGCUAUGCUUUCAUGGGACCAAUGGAAACCAUUCAUCUCAAUGCAGAGGGUGUGGUGAACUACUGUGAAAGGUAUGGGCAGGGUAUUUAUAAUGUUGUCCAGUCCUUUGGUCCCACGCCUACAAUAGACCCCUCAAGUGAGACAGCAGAAAAAGUGCAGGAGGCACUCUGCAAGAAAAUUCCACUGGACAAACUCCAAGAGCGCAGACAGUGGAGAGAUCAGCGCCUUAUGGCUCUUGCAAAGCUUAAGAAAGAGUUAGAUUAGUGCAUAUAUAUAUAUAUAUAUAUAUAUACAUAUAUAUAUAUACAUGCAAAAAUGCUGCUGAAAUUCUAUAGCCACUGACUUACAACCUAUAACUGUAGGAAAAAUGUGGAAAAUAUUUUAAGUUCAUUCUUCAAAUUGCAGGCAAAUUUGAACUUUGGAAAAAAAAUCUAUUUUCAACUGAAAUAACAUCUUGAUAGAAUGAAAUAAACACACCUUCUUGGACCGACAACUAAUUUUUUUCCGAAGUACUUUUGUAACCCACUCAAUUUUUGUCCAGCUUACUGUCUCAGGUCACAAGGCAUUUAUGAAAUCUUGACUAUGAUUUUAGCAAUUAUCAAAAUUGAAUAAUUUUUCUUCUUCUGAUUAAAAUUGAUAUAUUUGACCUUUCCCCCCACAAUUUUCAGCAUCUACCUACGUGUACAGGGAAGAUGCCCACAUAUCAAAUUCAUUACGUAUGGGAUCUACAUUUUUAAAUAAUAGGUGUUAGCUGUUAAAUUUUUUUAUUACAAAAUGUGCCUUUAAUUUCAAAAUUGACUGAUGAUUAAAAGUUUUAUGAGUGUCAGUGCCACUUGGGUGGGUUGCUGGUUUCACAUUAGUAUCAGAAAUGGAAAUUUUAUUUAUACAGAUAGAUAAUAUCUUUUAAUAAUAAUAAGUUUUUCAUUAUAAAAUGAUUUUGGGUUUUGUUCCAUUUAGUUUCAACUUUCAAUUUAAUGACUGCCUCACACAAAUUCAGAUGUUGCAGUUUUUCAAAAAAAGAAAAAGUACAACAAAUUAGUCUACGUUUCAUGGAUCGUUCUCAUAAAAAAAUCACAUUUCUAUUGCAAAACUUGCAAGAACUGUGACUGUCAUGAAAAUGAACGUGUGAAUGACCUUAUGGAAAUGGGAUGGAACUAUUCAUUCCGUUUUAACCUUUUAUUGCAUGAAAUGUCCCUGUUAUGCUGUGUGACUAUGACAAAUAAAAUUUGAAUAACAUGCCAAACAUAAAGUUUACAUUUAAAGCCAAAAUCAUGCCCAAAUAGAAUUACUAUAAAUUGAUAGAAAAUUUAUAUA